AUGCUGCUUCUCCUGCUCACAAGUGCUUUUCUCCUUAUCCCAUGGACUGGGGCUGGAAGGAUCAUUGGUGGACGCGAAGCUAAGCCCCAUUCCAGGCCCUACAUGGCUUCUUUAUCAAUUAGAAAUGAGUCAGGUAUAUACCUAUGUGGAGGGUUCUUGUUUCGCCAAGAUGCAGUGCUCUCAGCAGCUCACUGUGUGGCUGGAAAAGGGAAAGUGACUAUCAGUGUGACCCUGGGAGCCCACAACAGAAGUAAGAAAGAGCUGAGCCAGCAGAAGUUCCAUGUUGGUCACUGGGUCAUCCACCCCAGCUAUUCAAGAGAUACCUUUGAAAAUGACAUCAUGCUGCUUGAAGCUAAAGCCAAGGGCCAAGAUGACUAAGUGAGUCGUAUCACCUUGCCCAGUCACAAUGAAAGUGUGGAACCAGGAACUACAUGCAAAGUGGCUGGCUGGGGAGAGACAUCGAUGACGGGUGACAAGACUAGUGUGCUGAUGGAGGUGGACCUGAAGGUACAGAGUGAGGAACUCUGUAAGAAGUCUUUCAAAAAGAGCUAUCUGUCGCAAUCUAAGAUCUGCGCUGGUGAUAAGGAUGGCAAAAAAUCAACUUACUGUGGUGAUUCUGGUGGCCCAUUAGUUUGCAAUGGGAAGGCUCACGGCAUUGUUUCUUAUGGACACAGAAAUCACACCUUCCCUAAAGUAUUUACCAGAGUCUCCUACUUUGAACCCUGGAUACGUGAAGAGCUGAGGAAGUCUGUGCCUCAAGACCUACCUGACUCUCCCUCCUCUGACUAA